CAUCAGUUAGCAUUCGUUCGCCCCACACACAACACCUCAUAAGUAUUUUGCAGCAUGUAUUCCAAGAUCAUUGUUGUUCUGGCCCUUGUCGCCGCCGUCAGUGCUCAAAGCCACUACGGACAUCAACAACACUACCAGCCCCAGCACUACCAUCACGAAGAGGAACAUCACGGACCAGUGCACUACGAGUAUCACUACGAUGUGCAUGAUGACCAUACCGGUGAUGUUCACGGCCAGAAGGAGGCUCGUAAGGACGACUCUACACAGGGCGAGUACUACCUGAUCGAUGCCGACGGUCACAAGCGUACCGUUACGUACCACGUUGAGGGUAAGAGCGGAUUCAUCGCGGAGGUGCACCGUGAGCCGAUCAAGGGAUACCAGGCACCACAGCCCCAUCAAUAUCAAUCGCAAUACCAACAUUAGGUUGGUCAUUUUACUCUUGAUUAAUCCUUAAGAUUAAAAAAAAAAUAAAUAUAA